UAAUUUAAAAAAUAUGCAGAGACAUUAAUUCGUGAUAAAUAUUUUUUUUAUUAAAUAAAUAAAUUAUUAAAUAAAAAUUAAAAAGAGACUUUUGUGCCAAAAAAAAAAAUUAAAAAUUAAUUUUAAUUAAAAAAAAAAAAACUUUGAAAAAAAAAUUUUUUUUUGUGAAAAAAAUAAACAAUAUAAAAUAAAUUAAAUACAAAAAAAAUACAAAAAUGUUCGUAGACACAAUUUUGCAUAAUUUCAUGCAAAAACAACAACUAUACUAUGACGAUUUAUAUAAAUUCACAUCGCUACGUAACACACUGCUGUACAUUUGCGGCAUUUUAUUCAUUGGACUAUUGUUGCAACAAGUGCUCCGACUGAUAAUUGACUUGAAAAAAUUGCCGCCCGGUCCGUAUGGCAUUCCGGUACUUGGCUACCUUGCAUUUGUCGGCAAUGAACGUCACACCAAAUACCAUGAGCUGGCGAAAAAAUAUGGCUCAAUUUUUAGUGCACGUCUCGGAUGCCAAUUAAACGUCGUAAUUUCGGAUUAUAAAACAAUACGUGAAGCAUUCAAAACAUAUGAUUUUAUAAACAGACCAAAGACACCACUUAUGGACGUUAUUAAUGGAUUUGGAAUCAUCAACAGCGAAGGACGCUUAUGGAAGGACCAAAGACGAUUCUUGAACGAAAAAUUGCGUCAUUUUGGCAUGACGUAUCUCGGCAAUCGGAAGGAACAAAUGGAGACCCGCAUUAUGGCUGAGGUUAAUGAACUCGUGGAAACUUUGUAUAAUUUUGAGGGUACGGAGAUCGAUAUGAACGGCUUGUUGUCGGUCAGCAUCAGCAACGUCAUUUGCAAUUUGAUUAUGUCGGUGCGUUUCAGUCACGAUGAUCCUCGUUUCAAGCGUUUUAAUUGGCUCAUUGACGAGGGAUUCCGUCUUUUUGGCGAAGUGCACAUGAUCGAUUAUAUUCCGUUGAUUCAGUAUUUGCCGGGAAAUAUAAAUGCCAAGAGUAAAAUUCUGCAAAAUCGGUGUGAGAUGUUCAGUUUUUAUCGGGAUGUCAUUGAACAGCAUCGGAAUACGUUUGAUCCGAAUAACUUGAGAGAUUUGGUUGACACGUAUUUGUAUGAAAUUAAGAAAGCCAAAGAGGAUGGGUGUGAACAGGAGUUGUUCGAUGGAAGGGAUUGUGAUGAACAAAUAAUGCAAGUGAUCUCAGACUUAUUCUCCGCCGGCAUGGAAACAAUCAAAACGACCCUAUUAUGGCUCCAAGUUUUCAUGUUACGAAAUCCCGACGCCCUCAAACGCUGUCAAGACGAACUCGAUGCCGUCAUUGGGCGCAACCGCAUGCCCUCAAUUGACGACGUGCCGUAUCUCCCAACUACCGAAGCCACGAUCCUCGAAGUGCUCCGAAUAACCAGUAUAGUUCCUUUAGCGACAACUCACUCACCUGCACGCGACAUCGAAAUCAACGGUUACAAAAUUCCCGCCGGCUCGCAUGUCGUGCCACUCAUCAACAGCGUUCACAUGGAUCCCAAUUUGUGGGACAAACCCGAAGAAUUCAACCCCAACCGAUUCAUCGACAGCGAAGGCAAAGUCCGCAAGCCCGAAUAUUUCAUUCCCUUCGGCGUCGGACGGAGGAAAUGCCUCGGCGAUAUUUUGGCUCGCAUGGAACUCUUUCUCUACUUUGCCUCGUUAAUUCACCGCUUCGACCUCAGUGUACCUGCGGGCAGCCCCUUGCCGAGUCUCAAGGGCAACGUUGGCGUCACAAUUAGCCCGCAAAGCUUCAAGAUCAAACUGAAAGCGAGACCGAUGGCUCCAACGUGCAUCGACACCGAAAUCUUACGUAAUGUCGGCUCGUAUUAAAACAAAAAAAAAGUGAGAGAGAUGAGAGAGAACUUACAAAAAUCAACGCCAAAACCAAAACAUCGAAUAUAAGAACGCAAUAUUUUGAUAUUGCGGGAGCACGGUUUGUUUCCUAUCACCUGAAUUACUACAAAAAAAAUCCAUUAUCAUCAGUAUUAUCGCAUUUUAUUACAAACAAGAAACCGAUCGCGCUAAAAACAACAACAACUAGUCCAACACACAAAAAUUCUUUAAAUAAUUCAACUUUCUGCCCUCAAGCAAAAUUCAAAAAAAAAAAAAUCACUCAAAAAAAAAAUAAAAUAAGACAAUAAUCAACAGUUAAUGUUAAAUGAAUUUAAAAAUCAGGUUUUUAGCAUUUUUUGUUUCUUUCUUUUCAUUUAAAAAAAAAUUAAAAUUUAAUCAGGUGACUGACAAAAACGCAUUUUUGUCAAUAAAUUCCAUUAAGCACUAUAAAUAAUUAAAAAAAAAAAUAUUUUUAAAAAUUUGUCUGAGAAUCUUUGUAAGAUUUUCAUUUAUCAGUGCUAUAAUUAUUAUUAUUUAACGAAAUUCCACCCGAAAAAAAAAUAUAUUUCAAUUCUCAACUAUAUUAAUUUUAUUAUUUUAUCAAUUUUUUUAAAUUACCGCAGAAAAUUAAUUUUUUCCAUAAUUUACAUUUCCCGCCUUAAAUUGUGGCAUUUUUUUAAUAAUUUUUUUUUCUUCAUUUUUUCUUUAUAAUUAAUAAAUUUAUUUAAAUUCCAUUUAAAUUAAAUGAAAAAAAAAUAGUAAAAUAAAAAACGAGAGAAUUUAAUAUAAAAAAAUAAUUAAUUAAUAAAAAACAAGUUUUAUUUGCAUAUUUUAAAUAUGUUACAAAAAAUACGUAUUUAUUUAGUAAAAAAA